UCUCUAUCCUUUCAUUGCACGGUAAAGAAGCUCACAUACUACCUCUUCUAGACCCUGCAGGUUUAUUGGUGUCUAUUUUCGGAAGUUAAGGAAUGGGGAGUGAAGAGAAUGUACAGUCAGAUUCAUUGAAGAAGGCCAACCCUGGCAAAGCUACAAUUCUGGCUCUGGGCAAGGCAUUCCCUCACCAGCUUGUCAUGCAGGAGUUUCUGGUUGAUGGGUAUUUCAAGAACACCAAUUGUGAUGAUCCAGAUCUCAAGCAGAAGCUAGCUAGACUCUGCAAGACAACAACCGUCAAAACAAGGUAUGUGGUAAUGUCGGAGGAAAUACUAAAGAAAUACCCUGAACUCGCCAUCGAAGGCCUCCCUACUGUAAAGCAGCGAUUGGAUAUCUGUAAUAAUGCUGUGACACAGAUGGCUAUUGAAGCUUCACAAAUUUGCAUCAAGAACUGGGGCAGGCCUAUGUCAGAAAUAACUCACUUAGUCUACGUCUCCUCAAGUGAAGCUAGGCUACCGGGUGGCGAUCUCUACCUUGCAAGAGGUCUUGGACUCAACCCUGAAACACAGCGUGUCAUGCUGUACUUCAUGGGUUGCUCUGGAGGCGUGGCUGGUCUCCGCGUCGCAAAGGAUAUAGCUGAAAACAAUCCUGGGAGUAGAGUUUUGCUGGCUACUUCUGAAACUACCAUAAUUGGAUUCAAGCCACCGAGUGCAGAUAGACCGUAUGAUCUAGUUGGGGUUGCACUGUUUGGGGAUGGUGCCGGAGCCAUGAUAAUAGGCACAGACCCAGUUUCAGAUAUUGAACAUCCACUAUUUGAACUUCACACAGCAAUCCAGAAUUUCUUGCCUGAAACAGAAAAAGUUAUCGAUGGCAGGCUUACAGAAGAAGGGAUCAGCUUCAAGCUAGCAAGGGAACUUCCCCACAUAAUUGAAGACAACGUUGAGGAAUUCUGUCAUAAGUUAAUGGGAAUUGCUGGUAUAGGAGAAAAGGAGUACAAUAAGUUGUUUUGGGCAGUUCAUCCAGGAGGACCUGCGAUAUUGAAUAGGAUAGAAAAGAGACUUGAUUUGCAGCCUGAGAAACUAAAUGCUAGCAGACGAGCUCUUAUGGACUAUGGUAAUGCUAGCAGUAAUACCAUUGUAUAUGUGCUGGAGUACAUGAUAGAAGAGUGCUUCAAGGUCAAGGAGAAAAAUGAGAGUUGUGAAUGGGGACUGAUACUUGCUUUUGGACCUGGAAUUACCUUUGAGGGAAUUCUGGCCAGGAACCUCACCGUCUAAAUAAAAUGUCAUGCCUCCAUGUAAUAACUUGGGUUCUCUCUAGAUAUCGUACCAGAGAUGCCUGUACUUGAAUCUUCCUAGGCCUAAGAAAUUGCAUUCUAUAACUUGAUAAUCCAUUUUGUUUUCUCUCUC